GGAACGCGCCCUUUAUUAUGCCAAUUCAAACAUCCGGGCACUUAAUCCAUUCAAGGCUGAUAGAAGAUGGCUUCGACAGUGAGAAUUACGUCAACUGCAAAUACACUAAAUUCUAUAGAAAAUCAAACCAGCGACGAGGAUGGCCAGAAUUUAUGGUCCUCUAUUUUGAGUGAGGUAUCGACGCGUUCACGGUCAAAAUUGCCGUCUGGGAAAAAUGUUCUUAUUAUGGGUGAGACGGGGGCAGGGAAGACCACUCUCAUAGCCAAACUGCAGGGAGUUGAAGAAUACAUGAAAGGCAGAGGACUGGAGUACCUGUACUUUAACGUUCACGAUGAUGACAUCGAUGAUCAUGCUAUGUGUAACGCAUGGAUUCUGGACGGUGACCUGUACCACAAAGGCCUCCAGAAGUUUGCUGUGUGUGGGGAGAACAUGGCCGACACUAUGGCCCUGCUGGUAGUGGACAUGUCCAGGCCGUGGACGGUGCUGGACUCUCUGCAGAAGUGGGCCAGUGUGCUACGAGAACACAUCGACAAGCUCAGAGUCAACCCAGAGACACUGAGGGACAUGGAACAGAGAUUGGUCCGACAGUUCCAGGAGUACACAGAACCAGGGGGUGACCACAGCGCCUCUCCCAAGAGGAGGAACCCCGUGGCUGGGGAGGCUGAGGAGGAGUGUGUGGUGCUCCCCUUGGGAGAGAACACACUCACACACAACCUGGGCAUGCCUGUUAUGGUGGUGUGUACAAAGGUAAGUAUUCUCUUUCCCUCUCUUCACUUCCCUCCUUUGCAGUGUGACACGUUUCUCAGUCUAGAGAAAGAGCAUGACUACCGGGAAGAACACUUUGACUUCAUCCAGUCUCACAUCCGACACUUCUGCUUGCAGUAUGGCGCAGCGCUGCUAUACACGUCAAUGAAGGAAAACAAAAACCUAGACCUAUUGUAUAAAUACCUGGUCCAUAGAUUAUACGGGUUUCCCUUUGACAUGCUGGCCCAGGUGGUGGACAAAGACUCAGUAUUCAUCCCAUCAGGAUGGGAUAAUGAAAAAAAGGUUGCCAUUUUAUAUGAAAACUUUCAGUCGUUGAAAAGGGAAGACAAGUUUGAGGAGGUUAUCGUCCAGCCUCCUGUUAGAAAGUUUGUACAUGAAAAGGAACUAGGUGCGGAGGAUGACCAAGUGUUUCUGCUAAAGCUUCAGACCCUGUUGUCUAAGCAGCCCCCAGCGGCAGCAGGCAGACCAGUGGACACCACAAACAGAGCACCCACUGGCUCUCCACGGGUGUCAAAUCGCUCGGCAACAGCAAACGUGGCCAAUGUGAUGCCCAUGCAACCAGGCGGGCAGACCAGCGAGGGCGUGCUGGCUAACUUCUUCAACAGUCUGUUGAGCAAGAAGACCGGGGAAGGGGGUGGGGCCAACAACACGCCCAGAACAGUCCGGAAGUCAGCAUCAAAGGUGGGACUUGACGGUGAGCCAGAGGCGUCCUCCCCGACCUCAUCCUCACCCCCAGCCAACAUGGAGGAGUCCUGAACCCCCCAACCCCUAACCCUCCCCGCCACCACACACCCACACACACUCGCUGGAACCUCUCGCUCUUUAGACCCUCGACUGUCAGAUGGAUCAGAAGCUGGACUGGAAACAGAACAGAGCGGUCUUGGAGCGGUUGCCGUGAGACCGAGCCUUGCAUGCCAAUCCGUUGAACCACCACCAAAGCAAAACAACAUGGACUUACUGGAAACCAUCAAUGUAUUAUAUAGAAGAUGAGCUCACAGGAUAUUGGAGGGAAAUGGAGUAAGUCUGACUCGUUGUUGCUUUAUUUUACAGCAACAUUAAAAUGAGAGGAACUGGAUAUCUUGUGGGUGGUCUUGAAGCCACUGUGACAAGUGCACAUCCUUGAUAUCACUCUGAGCACUGUGGCUGUCUGCGAGGUGUUUUCAAAGUGGAGGAGAUUGAUGUUUGCCAUUUGUGGAGAUGGGUCUUUGGUAGACAGCAGUUCCAUUGUUAUUUGACGUCAUAAUGCACUGGAACGCUGAUGGAUGAAGACUGCUGUACAAUCAGGCAGAGUGAUGGAAAUAGUUGGUGUUUUAGUGCUUAUAAUGGUCAUAAUCAAGGAUUCUGUUAGAACUCAAGAAUCCAGAGUCAAGGAUGAUGCUCUAAAACCAAGGAAAUUAUUUAUUCUUUAUUUUUUUAAACUUGUGUGUUCAUUUGCUUGGUUUGGAUUAGGGAAUAGGCAGACCUCUGGAGUGUUUUAUUGGCAUAGGGGAAUCAUCUAUCACAAUCUUUAAGUAGUCAAGUUCUCAUGAACUAUUCAACUGUUAAAUCUGCCAUUAUUCAAUAAAGCUGUUUUACUAAUCAGGA